AUGUAGUCCCCGCCCCUCGGAUCUUGGGGCGGCUGAGCGCGGGAAUUGUGGGUGCUGCUUUCCUCCUUCCGAUUGGGGGGCUCCGGAUGCCGCCGACCGCCGCCUGCCCAGCGCGCGCUCUCCUCUCCCCGCCCGCGGCGGCCCGGUGGUUGCGACGCCGAGAGGCAGGUACCCCGUGGACAGGCAGAUAUCACUUUCAGACUCUCAAGAUGGCAGCCAUUAACCUAUCCCUCAUAUGGGCUCUGCCAACACAGGAUUCUGCCUGUUUAUACAUGAGAAAUAAUGAGGAAGAAAGGGUGGUGGCUGGAUUUCCACAAACCUGGUUACAGGUACCAGUGACCUUUAAAGAUGUGGCUGUGGAGUUUACCCAGGAGGAGUGGAUGAUGCUUGAUUCUGGUCAGAGAAGAAUUUGCAGAGAUGUGAUAUUGGAAAACUAUAUGAGUCUUACCUCAGUGGAGUAUCAAUUAUGGAAGCCUACUGUGAUCUCCCCAUUGGCUUAAGAAGAGAUAAGAACUAUGAAAAGGAGAAUUCUCCAAGGCACCUAUCCGGACUGGGAGAUUCAACUUAAAACCAAAGAAUCAACUCCUAAACAGAUAUUUAGGGAAAAAUCAUCCAAUGGAGUAAAAAUGAUAAGAUUCAUAAUGGGCAAUUGGUCCUCCACAUUAAGUGAAGACCAGGAAUGCCAUAAGGUCAGAAAACAGCACAAAAUCCCAGAGAGAAAUUUGAGGAAAGUGACCCGAAAGAAAACAACCUCUCGGGAGAGAUUCUAUGACCAUCAUGAAUUAGAGAAAAACUCUGAACUUGGAUCAAAACACGUUUUUUCAAAGAGAGUUUCAACCAGUAAACAUUGCCAUAAAUGUUACUUAAAUAUUGAGAGUUUGAGGGGCAGUUUGAAACAUUAUUCAGUCGUAAACAAUUAAAAGAGAAAUGUAAGUGGGAAGUUCUGUGAAAGUCAUAAAUAUGAUAGAGAUCUGUGGCAUCUUGAAAAAAUUCCAGAAAAAUAUGCAUGCUUCAAACAUGUUAUACACUUCAAACAUAAUAAUAUGCUUCCUUUAUAUAACAAUUUUCAUAUGGUGGAGAAUUAUGAAGGUAAUAAAACCAAGACUUGUCAUCAUUCAUCCAUCCCACAGGCAACAGGAGCAAACUCCUAAUGGAGAGGAUAUCAUAAAUGUAAUCAAUGUGGGAAAGCCUUCAAAAGACUUUGUAAUCUUAUUUGGCACAAGAAAAGUCAUGUGGGCAAAAAACAAUAUUAAUGCAAAGAAUGUGGGAAAGUCUCCAACAAUUCCUCAACCCAAAGGAGACAUGUAAGAACUCACACUGGUGAGAAACGCUACAAAUGUAAUCAAUGUGGAAAAGCUUUCACUCAAAAAACAUCUCUGGGGAUUCAUGUAAGAACUCACACUGGAGAAAAACCUUAUGAGUGUACCUUUGGUUCUUACCUAAUAGUGCACAAGAGAAUACACACUAUGAAGAAACUCUGUGACUGCAGUGACUGUGGAAAAACCUUUACUACAAGCUCACACCUUAAAGUUCACAAGAAAAUACACACUCGAGAGAAUCUCUACAAAUGUAAUGACUGUGGGAAAGUUUUUAGUGGUCUCUCAUCCCUUAGAAUGCAUGUGAGAACUCAUGCUGAAGAGAAACCCUAUCCAUGUAAGGAAUGUAGGAAAACCUUCAGUGUUUCCUCUUCCCUUAGGAGAUAUGUGAGAACUCACACAGAAAAACCGUAUGAAUGUAUUCAAUGUGAAAAAGCCUUCAGUUGGAGUUCUUCACUUAUUAAACACAAAAGAGCUUAUACUGGGAGAGAAACUCCAUAAAUGUUAUGAAUGUGGAAUUGCUUUAUUCAUUGUCUUAAGGUGGACUCCAACUCAUUAUUUCUGGCUUUAUCAUCCAAAAUAAGCAUUUAAUACUAUAGUCCUCUAAAUACCUCUUUAACAAUGUAACACA